UGGGGGAGGGGAGGGGAGGGAGGAGGAGGUAGAGGGUGGGGCAGUCAGGCAGAUGAGGGUGAAGACAGUAUCACCAUAUCCGUUGCUCGCUCUGAAGUUGGCAGAAUCAUAGGUCGAGGAGGGCAAAGAAUACGAGAGCUGGAGGAGAAAAGUGGAGCCAGGAUAAAGGUCCACAGAGACGAUGAAGGGGGAGGGGGAGGAUCAGACGAGGCACUGGUGGAGGUCACAGGCGAUGAGUCAGCCAGAAAAACAGCUCAGGAGCUUAUUGAUGACAUCAUCAGUAGCCAGGACUUCAGAGGAGGUGGGUCCAGGCCACGUGGUGGAGGUGGCAGAAGUGGUGGGUUUGGUUUUGGUGGCGGAGGUGGUGGUCGUAGUGGUGGCUUUGGUAGUGGUUUUGGAAGGGGUGGGGGUGGGUUUAGCAGUGGUGGUGGAGAUGGAGGAGGAGGUGGCAGUGGUGGGUUUGUGAAGAUAGACUGGGGAGCUCUGAAUGCCAGCAGAGCUCAGGCUGAGAUUGAGAAAUGGAAAGGGGCACCCCCUAUUAAUAAGAUGUUCUACCGAGAAGACCCAGAGGUGGCAGGACUCUCGUCGGCACAAGUUGAAGACAUCUGGUUGAGUAUGAACGACUUGAAGGUGACAGGUCUGUCAGGGGAGAGCAGAGCCAUCCCUAAUCCCGUCACCACAUUCCAACAGGCCUUCAGCAACUAUCCUGAAAUCUUGGAUGAAAUCACCAAAGCUGGUUUCCAGAAACCGACUCCAAUUCAGUGUCAGUCGUGGCCCAUUCUGCUGCAAGGCUAUGACAUGGUCGGGAUUGCACAAACUGGUACAGGGAAAACACUGGCCUUCCUACUGCCUGCUCUUAUACACAUUGAUGGCCAAGAGAUACCUCGAGGUGAGAGAGGAGGUCCAACUGUCCUGGUCCUGUCCCCCACCAGAGAGCUGGCCCUGCAGAUAGAGGCCGAGAGCAACAAGUACUCCUACAAAGGAAUAAAGUGUCUGUGUGUGUAUGGUGGCGGUGACCGGAGACAGCAGAUAAACCAACUCAGAAAGGGAGUGGAGAUCAUCAUCGCUACUCCAGGUAGACUGAAUGACUUGCUGAUGAACGAAAUCCUAACUGUCAACACUGUCACUUACCUGGUGUUGGACGAGGCUGACCGUAUGUUGGACAUGGGGUUUGAGCCUCAGAUCAGGAAGAUUCUCCUGGACAUCCGGCCGGACAGACAGACUGUCAUGACCAGUGCCACAUGGCCGCCGGAGGUCCGUAGACUGACUGACAGCUACAUGAAGAACCCGUACCAGGUGUCAGUGGGUUCCCUGGACCUCAGAGCGUGCACACUGGUGGAACAGACGGUAGAGUUUCUGGACGAGAGUAGGAAGAAGGAAAGGACACUGGAGUUCAUAGAGAACAUGCAGGAGGGAGAGAAAGUGUUGAUCUUCACUGGAAGGAAAGUCACGUAAGUGGCAGAUCGUACAAUGUAAGAAAACUUUAUCUGAAUAAUCACCUAGUACAUGUCAUUGUCCUUGUUUCUCCGUGUUUGGGUAUGUGCCUGUGUGACACAACAGUUUUUUUUAUCCCUCCCCGACAGAGCUGAUGAUGUGGCCAGUGACUUUACCCUGCGAGGCCUCAAUGUCCAAUCUAUCCAUGGUGACAGGGAGCAGUAUGACAGGGAACAGGCCCUGGAUGACUUUAAGACUGGUAUAGUCUCAGUGCUGAUUGCGACUGAUGUGGCCUCCAGGGGACUAGAUAUCAAGGACGUCACGCAUGUGGUCAACUAUGACUUUCCCAACCACAUCGAGGACUAUGUUCAUCGUGUGGGCAGGACUGGACGAGCAGGGAAGACGGGGAAGGCUCUGACAUUCAUCACCAGAGAGAACUGGAAGUGGGCCAGAGAGCUCUGCAACAUCCUCGCCCAGGCCGAGCAGUGCCUGCAGUUCUUUUUGGGCAUUGCACCAGCUUGAAACGCAAUUUUCUGUGUUGCAUAAUGUGGUGCCUGAUGAGUUGGUGCAGAUGGCAGAGCGAUACGAGUCAUGGAGGGAGAGGAAGGAGAGUGAGAGGGGAGAAGGGAGAGGAA